AUGGCUUCUUCUUCCGCCUUUAACAAUUACAUCGUUGACUCCGCUAUGGGGCCUACCUGCAGCCGGCAAGUUCCUCCAGGCUCCUUUGGCGUGCCCGCGCGCAGCGGGCAUGCAAAUCGCAAGGGAGCUUGGCUCAGUUGGAAGAGCGCAGGUCUCAUACCCUUGGCGAUUGCCGCACCGGCAUCUCGGUUUAUUGGAGAUGAUGAACCGAGGCGCGCAUCAAGGAUGCUUCUGCAGGUUCUUGCCGACGACGAGCACGACAAAAGCCACGAUUAUCGCUAUUCUUGGGGCUACACCAUCUUCCGUACCGUCUACACCCCAGGCUCCGACGAGGCCUUUCCGCAGGCGAUAGAGCGGCUGGCCAUCUACGCCAAAGCCUACGUCAACGAUGACAUUGCCCUCAAGCGCCGCCCAAACCAAGAACCCCGAGAUCCUCUGCCGAAUCGGGAGCUUUGGGGUCGCUAUUACAAUCAAGUCAUCGAAGAUGAAGACACACUAGCCCACGCUACUGUGGAAGACGUAGGCAGACGCUUCGACGUCUGGAUCAGCGAGCACCUGAACCUGGACGCCCUCCCACGACGCAAGACAUCCAACGCGCGAUUUUGUUACUGCCUGAUGCUCGAUCAGGAGAGUGUCGACAACAUCCUAACUUCGCCAGAGGAGCCCUUCGGCUUUUCCCGGUCCGAUAGCCGACACCAGCCUGGUUGGGUCAAAGUCGUCACGGCCGAGCAACAACCCGGAAGGCGGCAGGGGUGUGGGUUGCGGGUCGGGAUUCGUACCAUGUUAUGGGCAUUGUGGUUCGGGUCGCAAGACCCUGACUUCAUUCUCGAAGAGCAACCGGGGGUCGACGGGGGCGAUGGGGGUCAUGACGUUCAUGGACACUUAUAG